ACGAGUACAACUGGUCUUUUCUGCUGUUCCCCGCUGUGUAGACUGCCUCUCCUCCGCUUCUCGUACUCACACGCACUGGGCGGUUGCCACACAGAAGCAGACUUUGGAAUGCUGAUAAUAUAGAUUGACACCCUCCCUCCUGUCCCUCGUUGGACGUCUCGCACAAUCCUUGCAAUAUGGCUCCUGGUCUUCUUGACCCAGCCGCGACCGGCGAAAAGGUCGUCUCGCUAUCCUCCUUGACUGAGAGUUACGACGAUACCAUCCGCUUCUAUCUCAAUGGCACCAAGGUCGAGGUGGAUGCCGUUGAUCCAGAAAUCACUCUGCUGGAAUACUUGAGAGGUAUUGGGUUGACGGGCACAAAACUUGGCUGCGCAGAAGGUGGUUGUGGUGCCUGCACAGUCGUCGUGUCGCAGAUGAAUCCUACAACUGGCAAGAUCUAUCAUGCUUCUGUCAAUGCCUGUCUGGCACCUUUGGUCAGCGUAGAUGGCAAGCACGUUAUUACAAUUGAAGGCAUUGGGAACACGAAGAGCCCACACCCGGCACAACAACGAAUUGCCAUGGCCAGCGGUAGCCAAUGUGGGUUUUGUACGCCGGGCAUAGUAAUGAGCUUGUACGCUCUUUUGAGAAACAACAGCUCAGAACCGUCGGAAGAAGAGGUGGAAGAAGCAUUUGAUGGCAAUUUGUGUCGUUGUACCGGCUACAGGCCCAUCCUCGACGCAGCCCAAAGUUUCAAUAAGAAAUGCGGACGCUCAAUUGCGAACGGCGGUUCGGGCUGCUGCAUGGAGAACGGCGGCUCAUGCAAUGGCUCUGAUAAAUCCACUGAACUUAAUGGCGCUGCCGAAAAGAAGUUUACACCCCCGUCGUUUAUACAUUACGAUAAGUCGACUGAAUUGAUCUACCCUCCAACUCUCAAGAAGCACGAAUUUAAGCCUCUGGCCAUUGGCAAUAAGAGGAAGAAGUGGUACAGGCCGGUUACUCUCGACCAACUUCUCGAGAUCAAAAACGCGUAUCCUCAGGCCAAGCUCAUUGGUGGCAGUACCGAGACGCAAAUCGAGAUCAAGUUCAAAGCCAUGUCGUAUCCUGCUUCGGUGUACGUGGGCGACAUUGCAGAGCUUCGCAAAUAUUCUUUCCAUGACGACUAUCUUGAGAUUGGUGGUAAUGUUGCUUUGACCGAUCUAGAAAAUAUCUGCGACGAGGCCGUUGAGCAUUACGGCCUACCCAAGGCACAGCCUUUCACAGCAAUCAAGAAGGCAAUUAGAUAUUUUGCUGGCCGCCAAAUCAGAAACGUCGGAACUCCGGCUGGCAAUCUCGCAACAGCAUCACCUAUAUCUGAUCUUAACCCAGUCUUCGUCGCCACAAAUUCGACAUUGAUCGCUAAGUCGUUGAAGAAGACAACUGAAAUCCCCAUGGCGAGCUUCUUCAAGAGCUACAGAGUAACAGCAUUGCCUGAAGAUGCCGUCAUCGCGGCAAUGAGGGUGCCUAUUGCCGCAGAAAAGAGAGAGUAUAUUAGAACUUACAAGCAGGCAAAGAGGAAAGAUGACGAUAUCGCCAUCGUGAAUGCUUGUCUCAGAGUGACCCUUGAUGAUUCGUACAAGGUCGAAAGCGCUAGUUUGGUAUACGGUGGCAUGGCUCCGGUCACUAUCGUAGCCAAGAAUGCCUCCGAAUUCAUCGUUGGGAAGACGUUCGCAGACCCGCACACGCUUGAAGGUGUGAUGAAUGCCCUUGAAAAGGACUUCAGUCUCCCCUUCGGUGUUCCGGGUGGCAUGGCCACAUAUCGAAAGUCUCUUGCUCUUGGAUUCUUCUAUCGGUUCUACCAGGAUGUGCUUACUAAUAUCGAAGAAGUAAGCAAGCAAGCUGACAAGGAAGUCAUCGAGGAAAUCGAAAGAGAGAUUUCUCGAGGCCAGAAAGAUCUCGAUGCAACUGCCGCUUACACACAAAAGGUGCUCGGCAAGGCUAAUCCACAUGUCGCCGCCCUCAAGCAAUGCACAGGAGAAGCUCAGUAUACCGAUGAUAUUCCAUCACAGAAAAAUGAGUUGAUAGGAUGCCUUGUCCUGUCGACCAAGGCUCAUGCUAAGAUCAAGGUUGAUGCCAGUCCUGCCCUGGACCUUCCCGGCGUUGUCGCUUGGGUCGACAAAAAUGAUGUUGUCAAUCCUCAGGCCAACUGGUGGGGUGCUCCAGUUUGCGAUGAAGUCUUCUUUGCCGAGGAUGAAGUUUUCACAGCUGGCCAACCAAUUGGUAUGGUGUUAGCGAACACUGCUGCUCAGGCCUCCGCGGGCGCACGUGCCGUUUUGAUACAAUACGAUGAGCUGCCAGCCAUCUAUACUAUUGAAGAAGCCAUAGAGAAGCAAAGCUUUUUCGAGCACUACAGGUAUAUUCGCAGGGGAGAUGUUGACAAAGCCUUCAAGGACUGUGAUUACGUGUUUGAAGGCACCGCCAGGAUGGGCGGUCAAGAGCACUUCUAUCUCGAAACUAACGCAACCGUUGCCAUUCCCAAGCCUGAGGAUGGUGAGAUGGAGAUAUGGUCAAGCACACAGAACCCAACCGAAACGCAAGCCUACGUAGCUAAAGCGCUCGGCGUACAGAACAACAAGAUUGUAUCCAAAGUCAAACGUUUGGGUGGUGGCUUCGGUGGCAAGGAAACGCGAUCGGUCCAGCUGUCCACUAUAUGCGCCGUUGCAGCCAACAAGGUUCGACGACCGGUUAGAUGCAUGCUUAACAGAGAUGAAGAUAUCAUGACUUCUGGUCAGAGACAUCCGUUCCUCGGCAUCUGGAAAGUGGGUGUCAACAAGGAUGGUAAGAUCCAGGCACUUCAAGCCAAGGUAUUCAACAACGGCGGUUGGUCACAAGACUUGUCCGCUGCCGUCGUUGAUCGAGCCCUCUCUCACAUCGAUGGCUGUUACAACAUUCCCAACGUCGACGUCGACGGUCGUAUCUGCAAAACCAACACGGUCUCCAAUAGUGCAUUCCGUGGCUUUGGUGGACCUCAAGGCAUGUUCAUUGCAGAGUCGUAUAUGUCUGAAGUCGCCGACCACCUCGGUAUGUCUGUUGACAAGCUACGCGAGAUCAAUUUCUACAAGGAAGGCGAGGAAACUCACUUCAACCAAGCUCUCGAAGACUUCCACGUCCCGCUGAUGUGGCAGCAAGUCAAAGAAUCCGCAGACUAUGAAGCCCGUCGCAAGGCGGUCGAUGAAUUCAACGCCACGCACAAAUGGCAGAAGAAAGGCCUUGCUAUGAUUCCCACAAAAUUCGGCAUUUCCUUCACUGCGCUAUUCUUGAACCAAGCGGGCGCUCUAGUGCACAUCUAUCACGACGGGUCCGUGUUGGUGGCCCAUGGCGGUACGGAAAUGGGCCAAGGUCUACACACGAAGAUUUGCAUGAUUGUCGCAGAGGCCCUACAGGUGCCCCUGUCCGACGUCCACAUUUCGGAGACUGCGACCAACACCGUCGCCAACACGUCAUCCACGGCGGCCUCUGCGUCCUCGGACUUGAACGGGUACGCCGCGUACAACGCUUGCAUGCAGAUCAACGAGCGUCUCGCGCCCUACCGGAAGGAGCUCGGCGCGGGUGCGACCAUGAAGGAGAUCGCGCACGCGGCCUACUUUGACCGUGUCAACCUCAGUGCCAACGGGUUCUACAAGACUCCCGAGAUCGGAUACGUGUGGGGUCCGAACCCGGCCGACCCGUCGCUCGAAAACACGGGCAAGAUGUUCUUCUACUUCACUCAGGGCGUGACGGCGUCCGAGGUUUUGAUCGACACCUUGACGGGCGACUGGACCCCGCUGAGGACCGACAUCAAGAUGGACGUGGGUCGGAGUAUCAACCCGGCCAUCGACUACGGCCAGAUCGAGGGCGCGUACGUCCAAGGCCAAGGUCUCUUCACCACCGAGGAGAGUCUGUGGCACCGGGCGAGCGGGCAGAUCUUCACCCGCGGGCCCGGCGCGUACAAGAUCCCCGGGUUCAGGGACAUCCCGCAGGUGUUCAACGUCAGCCUGCUCAAGGACGUCGAGUGGAAGAACCUCCGCACCAUCCAGCGCAGCCGGGGCGUCGGGGAACCGCCCCUGUUCAUGGGCAGCGCGGUCUUCUUCGCCAUCCGCGACGCCCUCAAGGCCGCGAGGAAGCAGUUCGGCGAGGACGAGGUCUUGAGCCUGAGGAGUCCGGCGACCCCCGAGCGCAUCAGGAUCUCGUGCGCCGAUCCAAUCUUGAAGAGGUGCGUCGUUGAGCCCAGGGAGGGAGAGAAGAGUUUCUUCGUAUCGAUCUAGGGUUUUGGUUCUCUGAAAGACGACGAGUGGUGGUGGUGUUGUGGUUUUGUCGACGUUUGUGUUUAUGUGUAUGUGGAGAAUCCAGGGUAUUUCCAUCAUGAUAUUUAAUUUCUCUUAUUUAUUAGGGGGACAGAUUUGGUCCUGAAUGAAUA